AUGACAUAUUUCAUUCCGCCUAUGUGGUUCUCAGUGUGCAUCUUCUUCAUGGAGCUGGUCACCAUUGGUUUCCCUAUCUUUGAGAUUUUCAAGACCCACAGACUCCGCCAGGAGACAUUGGACGCAAUUGCCGCGUGGGAAAAGCGGCAAGAGCUUAUUUCACCUAGCAGUUCGAACUUCUCUUCGGACUGUUCCACCAAACAAGGCACCGCAGUCUCAAGCAAGUCCUUCACUAUCAAGGAAGUUCAUCUUGCGAGCAAGAAGUCCAUCGACUCCCAGAGGUCCGACCUUUACACCAUGGCGGGCCUUGAGAAUGCUUUACGCACCAACGCCGUGCCUCUCCUACAGUUCGCCGCUCUGCGAGAUUUCUCUGGCGAGAACAUCAGCUUUCUCACACAUCUCGCGGACUGGCGGCGCUCAUGGCUACACUUGUCAGUCUCUACCGCUCAGCAUCGUCGCCAGCAGUUCAUCGCCGCCGUUUCCAUAUAUGCGCAUUUCGUGUCUCCUAGCGUCUCCGAGUUUCCUAUCAAUAUCCGACACGCCAACAUGGCUGCACUGCGCGAUCUCUUCGAGGAUGCCGCGAAUCGCAUCUUCCGGAAACGAUCGAUUGCAUCCAAUUACUCACCUACACCGUUCGAGGACGCGUCGUUAGACUCCGACUCAAUGGUCGAGCUAAGAUCCGGCGUCAACGUGGGCACUUUUGGACGCGCGAACCUCAACUCUGUCUCAAAUAUGAUUAGACCGGGCUACGAAGAUGUCCUAACAGCAUAUGCGAUUCCCGAAGCUUUCAAAGAGACCGUUUUCGAUGCCGCGGAGAAGGAGAUCAAGUACUUGGUGCUGACGAACACAUGGCCCAAGUUCGUCAAUGAUGCAUAUGCGUCUUCCCAGCAAGAUAACGGCGAGUUAAAGGAAACGAAGCACCACGAUUGGUUCAGAAGGUCGAUUCUUUGUGACAAAUGA